AUGAGUGAAGAACAUAAAUUGUUAGAUGCUUCGGGAGCUGAUCAUCGCGAUGAAGAUCCAACCGCCACCGCCAUCCUAAGAAAGAAAUCCAAGCCAAACACUUUGUUAGUCGAUGACGCCACUAACGAUGAUAACUCUGUCAUUGCCAUCAACUCCAACACAAUGGAUAAGUUGGAAUUAUUCCGUGGUGAUACCGUCUUAGUGAAAGGGAAAAAAAGAAAGGAUACUGUAUUGAUCGUCUUAAUCGAUGACGAAUUGGAAGAUGGUGCUUGUAGAGUAAACCGUGUUGUAAGAAACAAUUUACGUAUAAGAUUGGGGGAUUUGGUUACUGUUCAUCCUUGUCCUGAUAUCAAAUACGCUACAAGAAUCUCUGUCUUACCUAUCGCUGAUACCAUUGAAGGGUUGACUGGUAAUUUGUUUGAUGUGUUUUUGAAACCAUAUUUUGUUGAAGCUUAUAGACCAGUAAGAAAGGGAGAUCAUUUUAUCGUUCGUGGUGGGAUGAGACAAGUGGAAUUUAAAGUUGUUGACGUAGAACCAGAAGAAUAUGCAGUUGUGGCUCAAGAUACGGUCAUUCAUUGGGAAGGUGAACCAAUCAAUAGAGAAGAUGAGGAAAAUAAUAUUAAUGAAGUCGGAUAUGAUGAUAUUGGUGGUUGUCGUAAACAAAUGGCUCAAAUUAGAGAAAUGGUUGAAUUGCCAUUGAGACAUCCACAAUUGUUCAAAGCUAUUGGUAUUAAACCACCAAGAGGUGUCUUAAUGUAUGGCCCUCCUGGUACAGGUAAAACUCUGAUGGCAAGAGCUGUUGCAAAUGAAACAGGUGCUUUCUUCUUUUUGAUUAAUGGUCCAGAAGUUAUGUCCAAAAUGGCUGGUGAAUCUGAAUCUAAUUUAAGAAAAGCCUUUGAAGAAGCUGAAAAGAAUGCUCCAGCUAUUAUCUUCAUUGAUGAAAUCGAUUCUAUUGCUCCAAAGAGAGACAAGACUAACGGUGAAGUGGAAAGAAGAGUUGUCUCGCAAUUAUUGACCUUGAUGGAUGGUAUGAAAUCUAGAUCAAACGUUGUAGUCAUUGCUGCUACAAACAGACCAAACUCUAUUGAUCCAGCCCUAAGAAGAUUUGGUAGAUUCGAUCGUGAAGUCGAUAUCGGUAUCCCUGACGCCACUGGUAGAUUAGAAGUUUUACGUAUUCAUACCAAGAACAUGAAAUUAGCUGAUGAUGUCGAUUUGGAAUAUUUAGCUAACGAAACUCAUGGUUACGUUGGUGCUGAUAUUGCUUCUUUAUGUUCUGAGGCUGCUAUGCAACAAAUUCGUGAAAAGAUGGAUUUGAUUGAUUUAGAUGAAGAUGAGAUAGAUGCAGAAGUUCUUGAUUCCUUAGGUGUUACAAUGGAUAAUUUCAAAUUUGCCCUAGGUAACUCGAAUCCAUCAGCAUUACGUGAAACUGUUGUUGAAAGUGUUAAUGUUACUUGGAACGAUAUUGGUGGUUUGGAUGAAAUUAAACAGGAAUUGAAAGAAACUGUUGAAUACCCUGUCUUGCAUCCAGAUCAAUAUACUAAAUUCGGUUUGGCUCCAUCAAAGGGUGUUUUAUUCUAUGGUCCACCAGGUACAGGUAAGACGCUUCUAGCUAAAGCUGUCGCUACUGAAGUAUCUGCUAACUUUAUCUCUGUUAAGGGUCCAGAAUUAUUAAGUAUGUGGUACGGUGAAUCAGAAUCUAAUAUUCGUGAUAUUUUCGACAAGGCUAGAGCGGCUGCUCCAACCGUUGUCUUCUUAGAUGAACUAGAUUCCAUUGCUAAGGCAAGAGGUAACAGCAUGGGUGAUGGUGGUAGUGAUAGAGUUGUUAAUCAAUUAUUAACAGAAAUGGAUGGUAUGAAUGCCAAGAAGAAUGUUUUUGUCAUUGGUGCUACAAAUAGACCAGAUCAAAUCGAUCCAGCCAUAUUGAGACCAGGUAGAUUAGAUCAAUUGAUAUAUGUUCCAUUGCCAGAUGAAGAAGCAAGAUUAUCUAUUCUACGUGCACAAUUAAGAAAGACUCCAUUAGAACCAGGUCUUGAAUUGGAAGCUAUCGCUAAGGCAUCUCAAGGUUUUUCCGGUGCAGAUUUAUCAUAUAUUGUUCAAAGAGCAGCCAAAUUUGCCAUUAAAGAAUCUAUCGAAGCUCAAAAGAUACGUGAAGAAAAGGAAGAAGAUAUUGAAAUGACUGAUUCUACCGAAACUAAACCAAAGAUAGAAUCCGAUGAAGAUGAAGAAGAUCCAGUUCCAUUCAUUACUAAGGAACAUUUCGCCGAAGCUAUGAAGACUGCUAAACGUUCUGUUUCAGAUGCUGAAUUGCGUCGUUAUGAAGCUUAUGCGCAACAAAUGAAGGCUUCAAGAGGCCAAUUCAGUAAUUUCAAAUUUGAUUCUGCUACAAAUGGUGCCGAAGCUGCCACUUCAGGAAAUACAGGCGCUGCAUCAUUCGGUGGUGACAAUGCUGCUGACGACGAUGAUGAAUUAUACAAUUGA